AAUGGUAAUCGGUUACAACGUCUUCUUCACUCAUCCACCUCAGUCCUCCUCCUCUUCCUCCAACCUUGUUCAAAUCAAUUAUCAGUUUUCAAACUCAAUCACAGCUUGAUCGAGCUCUGAAAACUCUGCCAGAUCUGACUGACCACUCACCAAAAUCCAUUCAAGCUCUCUCUUCGUUUUUUGUUGGACCAAAAAUAUGCAUAGCCGGGCAUCGCAGAACCGGCUAUCUGGUUCGGCUUUUCACUCUCGAAUUUCAGCUCUCUUGCUGGCCAUGCUUUCCACCAUGGCCGCCAUUUAUGUCGCCGGCCGUCUGUGGCAGGAUGCUGCGGAUAGGGUUUAUUUGAUUCAGGAGCUUGAUAAAAGAAGUGGUCAGGGAGAAUCUGCCAUAUCUGUCGACGACACGCUUAAAGUUAUAGCUUGCAGGGAGCAACAGAAGCAGUUGUCCACUCUUGAGAUGCAACUAGCUGCAGCAAGACAGGAAGGUUUUGUUCCAAAGAGCUUGUCAAAAAAUGAGGGGGCUCAUUCUAAGAAAAAGCUUCUAGCUGUUAUAGGAAUUUUUACAACAUUUGGCCGCAAGAAAAAUAGGGAUGCAAUUCGUAAGGCGUGGAUGCCUAGCGGUGCAGCACUAAAGAAAUUGGCAGAUGAAAAGGGCAUCGUUGUGCGAUUUGUAAUUGGAAGAAGCCCAAAUCGUGGAGACAGUUUGGACAGGCAAAUAGACAGAGAAAAUGAGCAGACCAACGACUUCAUUGUUCUUGAUGGUCAAGUGGAUGCAUCUGAGGAGCGGCCAAAGAAGAUGAAGUCAUUCUAUAUUCAUGCUGUAGAAAAUUGGGAUGCUGAGUUUUAUGUUAAAGUCAAUGAUGAUGUUUAUGUUAAUAUUGAUGUCCUGGGAGCAACACUAACUGCGUAUUUGAAUAAGCCUCGUGUCUAUAUUGGGUGUAUGAAAUCAGGCGAAGUGUUCUCUGAGCUAACACACAAGUGGUAUGAACCAGACUGGUGGAAAUUUGGCGAUGCAAAAUCAUAUUUUACCCAUGCUUCUGGUGAAUUGUAUGCCAUUUCUAGAGCAUUAGCUCAGUUUAUAUCCAUAAACAGGUCUAUUCUUCGUACAUAUGCUCAUGAUGAUGUUAGUGCUGGAUCAUGGUUUAUUGGACUUGAUGUGAAGCACAUUGAUGAACGCAAGUUUUGCUGCUCCUCCUGGUUACCAGGAGCAAUAUGUACAGCUGUGUGAUCUAACUUGUCUCACAACUCAAACAAGUACAUACAGAAAGGGAAUUCCAUUCAUUUACAGCAUUGCCUUCAAUGCCUUCUUUGACCCUGGAUUGGAGCUGUGUAGAGAUUUUUCUGCUGAAAGUUGAUUCAAGCAGCCUUAAAAGAAUGGAUGCUGAAAUAAGAGGUUAUAUGAACUUAUUUCUAUGCAUGUGCUGCCGAUCAGAAUUCUCUCAGAAGCUCCAGAUGCCGACCUCAUUCGUUCCUCAACAACGAUACCGGAAGUCAGGAGUCUUAAUGAUGUAUUAUACAUUAUACCUCUAUAUGUACUAUACCAUCAUUCUUAAAUUGCCCUAAUUUUACAUUUCAACCUUGGGAAGGAAUGAUUAUAUAGAAUUACAUUUUUCUUUUGC